AUGAAGAGCUUAAUGGAAUGGUUUUUCACAUCUCUUGGUACUGUGGUUGUCAUCUACUACGGAGUAAAGCUGUUCCUUUUUAGUAGGAUGCUUCUGCCGAAAAGGUGGUUUCCACUGCCAAAGUCUUUCUUUUUGUCCAUGGGAGAGUGGGCAGUGGUUACGGGUGCGUCAGAGGGCAUUGGAAGACAAUACGCCUUUGCACUAGCUGAACAUGGGAUGAACGUGGUUAUCAUGAGCAGAACAAAAGUGAAUUUGGACAAGGUGGCCAGGGAAAUAAGCGAAACUACACAUCGGAUGGUAAAAGUGGUAGUGGCAGACUUCACGAAGGACAACAUCUUCACGGAUAUUGAGGAGCAGCUCAAGUACCUGGACAUUGGAGUAUUAGUUAACAACGUAGGCAUGGUGCCCAGUACUGUCCCUCGCAGAUUCCUUGAAGAAGAAGAUCUGGACCAGAUAAUCAUGAGUGUGAUUAAUUGCAACGUGAAAACCAUGGUGAAGAUGUGCAAAAUAAUCCUCCCAGGCAUGGAAAACAGGAGAAAAGGGGUGAUACUAAAUAUUGCAUCUGGUGUUGCCUCCAUUCCGUUCCCAAUGUACUCACUGUACGCUGCAUCUAAAAUCUUUGUGGAGAGGUUUUCUCAAGGUCUUCAGGCAGAAUACAAAGAUAAAGGUGUUAUUAUACAGGCAGUGGCACCCUUCGGGGUGUCCACUCGUAUGGUGGGCUACCAGCAAAUAAAUGCAUUCAUGCUGUCUCCACGAGACUUUGUAAGGAGCUCGCUGCAGUAUAUCCGAGCUGGGGACAAAACAUACGGCAGCAUCUGUCACAUGUUCCUGGGCUGGUUACUACUCUGUAUCCCACUCAAGAUUCUCCACACUGAGGCUGUAUUUCAAGGCCUGCAGAACUAUGUGGAAAGACAGCAAGCAGAAAAGAGAUGCAGCUCUGUAAUAAGGGACGCUUAA